AUGUCUAAGUACGUGCCUCGUCAGAGAAAGCACAAAGUGCUUGCUCGAGAGCGCGCAAAAGAAAAUGCCCAGCAUGAAGUCCAAGACACCAACCAGGAUGAGCUGCUUCCGACAGCGAAGGCUGAUCGCGAGGCGAAGAAGGCCCAAUUAAAGGCAGAACUUCGCCAAGAGGGCGCAAAGAUGAGUGGAAAGAAAGCCAAGCGUCUAGAAAAGUAUAUUGAGGGCAAGCUACGCAAGGACGAGAACCGCGAGUUGCUGGCUAAACUUGCAGAGCAACAGGUCGACACCAGCUUGUUCUCCAGCAGUCGGUCCAUGGGACAUGGUCGCGAGACCAAGAAGGAGGCUUUGCGGAGGGCUAUGAGAGAGGAGAAGGCUGGCCUAGAGGGAGGCAAGGAAGAGAGAGAGAAAAUUCUGUUUGAGAAGAGAAAGGACAUGGAUGUUGACGAAAGCGACUCGAGCGAUGAGAGUGACGCACCCGAAGAGAAGCCAAACCCUUCUAAAACUACAGCAUCCGCGCCCGCGCCUCAAGAGCUCUCCGGUUCAAAACCAGCGAGCGCCCCAACAAUCGGCUCAGGGCUCAAGCGACCGCUCGACGUUGACGACGAAGGAAAGCCUGUAAUCCAAAAACGACAGAAGCGCGGUGGAGUGAAGUCGAAAUUUUCAAUCGCCCCAGCUGAAGCACCACGGUCUGAGUCUGAAGAUUCAGAUUCAGACGCAAGCGACAGCCGCAGCGGCAGCGACGAGUGGAACGGAUUCAGCGACGACGAGGCCUCGAAGAAAACACGGGACGAACAACGUCACCAAAAUAGGGAAGGCGAAGAAGAAGAAGAUGAAGAUGAAGACGAAUCAAGCGAGGGAUCGGACGAAGAAGAAGACGAAGAAUCGGACGACGACUCUGACGAAGAUAUGGAGGAUGGUUUCGAGAACAAAGCGCAAAGAUCGUCUGCUUUCAAGGCCUGGGCGCAUCAGGCGCGCAACCAAGCUCUCGGAUAUCAAUCGAUUGAAGGAACAACAACCAAUUUAGAGAUCCCCAAACCAGACAAUUUCGUGCCUCGAGCACCCGAACACGAUCCGUUGCCUAUGGAGCUGCAACCAACACAAAAUACCGACCGAAAGGUGUACAGUGUUUCAGUCACUAGAACACCAGAGAUACAAGAAGCUCGCCUCAAGCUUCCCGUGGUUUCAGAGGAGCAAAGGAUAAUGGAAGCGAUUCAUAAUCAUAAUAUCGUGGUUAUAUGUGGAUCUACAGGUUCCGGAAAGACUACACAAAUUCCUCAAUUUCUGUACGAGUCUGGAUAUGGCUCUCCUGAUAGUCCCACGCCUGGUCUCAUUGGUAUCACGCAGCCUCGUCGAGUCGCCGCGGUCAGUAUGUCAAAGCGAGUCGCUGAGGAGCUUGGUGACAAGUCUGGAGCGGUGGCUUAUCAGAUCCGUUUCGAGGGCACGGUCAAGCCGGAAACCUCAAUCAAGUUCAUGACUGAUGGUGUUUUGAUGCGUGAGGUUGCACAAGACAUUACCCUCAAAAAAUACUCCGCCAUCAUUAUUGACGAAGCUCAUGAAAGAAGCGCCAAUACGGAUAUCCUCAUUGGUAUGCUCAGCAGAGUUAUCAAGCUUCGAGCCGAGCUGGCGGUCGAGAAUGCUACAAUGAAGCCCCUGAAGCUCAUCAUCAUGUCGGCCACGCUACGAGUAGAAGAUAUGACCAUGAACCCCACACUUUUUGCCACACCACCCCCUGUUCUCGAAGUUGAGGGCCGACAACAUAAAGUUGUUGAACAUUUCUCUAAAAGGACGCAACAUGAUUACGUUGAUGAAGCGUUUAGAAAGAUUAGCAGAGGCCAUAAAAAGUUACCGCCUGGUGAUAUUCUGGUGUUUUUGACUGGCCGCAACGAGAUCCUCCAACUCAGCAAGCAGCUCAAGACGGCAUUUGGCGGCCCUAAGUCCGCAGAUGGCCCCAAAGUACAGAUCAACGCUAAUGACGCUCCUCUUGAGGUUGAGGACAUUGAGUUUGGAGAUGUGGAUGAUCGAAAUGGCGACGGCGACGGCGACGAUUUUGACGAGAUAAUCACAGAUGACGAGAAUGAGGAUGAGGACGAAUUCAAGAUUGAGGAAGACCAAGAAGCCGCACCUCUCAAGAUGCGAGUUCUGCCCCUCUACUCCCUGUUACCCACACGAGAGCAGAUGAGAGUUUUUGAGCCAGCGCCUGAAGGCACUCGAAAUAUCAUCUUGGCCACCAACGUUGCGGAAACUAGUUUGACCAUUCCUGGUAUUCGCUACGUCUUCGACUGCGGACGUUCCAAGGAGCGACAGUAUGAUCGCCUGAGCGGUGUUCAAAGCUAUGGCAUCGGGUGGAUUAGCAAGGCCAGUGCAAGACAAAGAUCUGGGCGUGCUGGUCGUACCGGCCCUGGCCACUGUUACAGGCUCUACUCUUCUGCGGUCUAUGAGCGAGACUUUCCUGAAUUCACAGAUCCUGAGUUGCUACGAAUGCCCCUCGAAGGCAUUGUGAUACAGCUGAAGGCCAUGAACCUGCAGAACGUUGUCAACUUCCCCUUUCCUACACCACCUGAUCGACGUGCUCUCGCCAAGGCUGAGAAGCUUCUGACAUAUCUUUCUGCUGUCGAUUCUAAUGGCAAGGUCACCCUGAUUGGUCAAACAAUGUCUGUAUUCCCUUUGUCACCCAGAUUUGCCCGCAUUUUGUUGGUUGGGCAUCUUCACGACUGCAUCCAAUACACAAUCGCUCUAGUUGCCGGUCUAUCAGUGGCAGAGAUCUUCCUUCCCGAGAAUCAAGCCAUCCCUCAGCUUGCAGAGAAGGAUGACCAUGCCAUUCGAACAACAUCUGAUGUUCAAGCAGAGAGUCACCAGGCCAAUGUUCGGAAACUGUUCAACGAAGUCCACAAGAACUUCUGCUACUUGGACGACAAAUCGGAUGCUAUGAAGAUUCUGCAAGUUGUAGCGGAGUUUGCCCACGACCCUACAGAGAAGUGGUGCGAGGACCAUUUCGUUCGAUUUAAGGUGCUCAAGGAAGCUCAACAAUUGCGUCGGCAAAUCACAGAGCUACUGAGGGUCAACGUGCCUGCCUUCGCCAAUCUGACAUACCAAGACCAGCUGGAUGCCCCUACCCCUAAGCAAGUGGCAGCGCUCAAACAGAUGGUUGCACAAGGAUUCGUGGAUCAGGUCGCUAUUCGAGCAGAUCUCACACCAAACCCUCCUGAACAUUACCGCAAGCCUCGUCGAUCUAUCGAUGUGCCUUAUGUCCCCUUGAUGCCUAUCCAUACGGGCGAAGACGUUGAGAGUGACCGUUCAGUGUAUAUUCACCCCACCUCUCCUCUCGCUCAUAUCAGCAUCCAAGAGUGUCCUGACUACAUCGUCUACUCCCAGCUUCAACGAGCUACACAGCUAGUUGACUCGACGAAGCGGCCCAAGACAAGAAUGCAUGCCCUUACAGAUGUCACAGGCGGUCAACUAUCCAUGAUGGCCAAGAAUACGCCUCUUAUCACGUACAGCAAGCCAAUGAAGGUACUCAAAACAGAGGGCGCUACUGUGAGAGAGUGCAUUGUUGUUCCCUAUCUAAGGGCAGAAGGCACAGGCGGCCAAGGUUGGCCUUUACCUGCAAAGAAGGUCAAACAGAGGAGGGUGCCCGACAAGGGGUGGGUUGUGGAGUAA